AUGUCCACCAACGGCGAAAGCCCAGCACCCGAAGCCGCCGGCGACUCAAGAGAUCCUAGCGGCUUUCUCAGCGAGAUCAUCGGAGCUCCCGUCACUGUCAAGCUGAACUCUGGCAUCAUCUACAAAGGUGAUCUCCAGUCAGUAGAUGGCUACAUGAAUAUCGCAUUGGAACGAUGCAAGGAGGUCUCUGAGGGACGCGUCACUCGGAAUUGGGGGGAUGCUUUCGUCCGUGGUAACAACGUUACAUACAUUUGCGCAGACAAUGCGUGA